CUGCUCGAAGCUCAGCAAAGACACUACAUGCCACGACUGUGUCUUGUGAAGACUAGACAUGCAGACUUGCAGUGUUGUCGUUCUACUUACACAGACUCUGAAUCUGAUCAUUCAUUCCGAUCUAACCGGUAGAUCGACUAAUAGUUUAGUAAAGAAACCAAACUGGUAGAUAAUAAUAUUUUUACGACGAACCACUACCACAGAACGAUUGUGAUUGCGAGAGUUAUUCUACAUCAAUUGCAUAAGGACCUAGGUAGGCGCUAGGCGAGUCAAGUGUCAUUAUAGUACUCCAACUCUAACCAGUUACCUGUGACUGUCACUGUUUACAAGUGCAAAACCAGUCCUACUUGCCUACUUGCCUUUUCCAGCCAGUCUCCCACCUGCUCAGCCACCAUCGGUCCGAAGCAAGCACUGCCGGGGCGAAAGCAUUGAACUGAAGUAAGACUAGACACCAGUGACCUUGAUAGACUGGGUAGGUUCAGCCCAGCUAAUACGGUAUACUGCAUAAGUGCAUUGGCAGUCAGUUCAGGCGACGAGCGCGCCACGCGGAAAACUCUGCAUCGCCUGCGACCAUCCACAGAUUGCUUUGGACUUGGACUUUGGAGCGUCGGCCUCCACAUAGCUAGCUAACUGACUGGGACCAACCUGAAUGCGAGAGGCAAGACGGCUGGUUGAGCUCUAGCAUCGUGUGGCUUCCUUGUAGAUCUUGUAGAUCUACCCAAGAGUACAUGGACAGGGUUAUGUACUCUUGAUCUACCGGAAACUGGCGUGUGCGUGAAAUCUGCAUCUGAUAGAGCUGCUCGAGUCGAUUUCUCAGUCGCAGCCUUGCUGAGUAUAACAAUUACAUGCUGCAGUUUUACUUUUAGUUUUAGUGAUAAUCUGAUGUAGCAAACACGAUCGACUGUCAGUCCUGCGCUGGCUACAGUACAGUGUAUCCUAGACUAGUGUGCGGCAACGUAACUCGUUGCAACGUUCACAUCCCGAAACCCGGCAGGCACAGAAGACGAUCACCGCAAAGGUGAAAAGAUCGCACCUGUAGAUCUACCUGCAGUCGCAGUAGCCGCACCAUGGAGGAGCUGAGGGCUCGGCAGAUCCUGCGCGGCAGCUGUGACUAUCGCAAGGGCGACUGGAACCAAUCAAUCUACCUGAGGCUAGAAGACGCUGAUUAUGACUCCAACGACAACGAUGACGACCCAGACCUAGUCUUUCUCGAUGACCGGAAGAGUCUUACAUGUAACAAAAAGUGGGGUGAGUACCGGUACGGAAUACCAUGGGAUUCGCUCGCCACCACUGGUCGAUUGGGUCAAUCUGCACAGGAACAACGACUCUUCACCUCGGAUGAACUAAAGGUCAAAUCACCGCCACCGGUAAAUGCCGAGCCUCAGUGGCGCAGCAUGAACGACAAUGGUCUGAGCCGACAAAGCAGCAGAAACGUUGAGCCUCACGCCCCCCGUGCGAGCGUCCACCGCGGUCAAAGAGAGAGUUUGUCGACAUACCAAGGGGAAGCGGCGGCCGGCAAUAACUAUGCCCUGGAUGAGCUUCCGUACGGCGAGAAAGACCGCAUUGUCCACAAGGCGUCGUCGGUGAGGCCCGAGUACACCAGAUGGGAACGCUCUAGGCCUCUGAGGCACAAUGGCGUGGCACUGCCCCCGAUAGCAGCCCGUCCGAGCGACACGGACGCCUCGGAGUUCCUGAAAGGCAUAGCCCUGCGCGCAAGGGAAGGUUCGACGGGAGCUGGACACAACCACACACGAUCACGACUGCCGAGUGACGGGACGGCUCGCGGUAGAACAGGGAGUUCCGGUGAUUACAUACGGGUGGGGCGGAUAACUACUAGUAAGCUGAAGCAGCCACCGGGAAAUGGUGUAGCACUGUCAGAUCCGGAGCACAUCAAGCAAAGAAAAUGUCUCAUGUAUGAAAUGCAGAACUUGGAGAACAGGCACACUUUCUUCACCAAGUUUAUAGAUCAACUGGAGACAAAGAACAUCCGUGACUGGGAAGACUUGAAGCGCUGGGAGAAUGGAACUCAUGUUCAACUUCAGGCGAUGCUAGGACCGGACAGCAAGUAUCGGGACAAGAAGCUCGCUCUGGUGUUAGGCACGAAACAGGUGAAAAAAGACAAAGCAGUCUUGACAGUGAUGAAGAAGGAGCACGAACAAAGAAUGAAACAGCUGCGAGAACAGUGCUGGAAGCUGGAUCAAGCUAAGAGGGACGUGCUACAAGAGAUUGAGGACCUGAGGGUGUAUCAGAAAACUGGCGAGCGGGAUUCGAAUAUCAUCCGGAUUGCUCUGCUCCGCAAAGUGGACGACGCCAGAGAGCAGAGACUGAGAGCUGUGGUGACUUUGCAAAAUGAUCUGCAAAAUGAACAAGACCAGCUAAAAUUGGAUCUUGCAGACGAGCUGAAACAGCUCAAGCUGGACGCUGAAGAGCGUGCCGAGCAUGCUAGUGAACUGGAAACUCUGAAAGUAGAGAACCAAAAACUUAUCAAGGAGCACAAAACCCAUAAGGUCAACUAUGAUAAGAUGCUGGCAGUGGUCAACGAGCUUAUGGAGAGACUAAGCGUUCUUCGUAAGGAGAAAUCUGAGUAUGAAUCAGCGCUGUUCAACCGAAAACCCCAUAAAGACUGUGAGCCCGACGAGCCGAUUUCUCUCAACAUCAGAAAGGUUGAGCGGCCUGCGUUGUGAGCAGGUACAUGUGUACAUGUAUACCCUCGGUCAAUGCUGUGUUGCUAUGCCAAUCACAUGCAGCCGCCUGCUCCUGUAUACAAGGCAUAGUCCAAAUGAACGGUUGCCAUGGUGCUGGACCGAGAGAUCCCGAUCACCAUGGCACCCAUUUUGUUUUUGGACACUCUUUGCUCCUUUCAGUGGGAGCGCAUGGGGAACGCCCUACCAGUUCUAUAUGUGCACCCAUCGAACAGUCCAUGUGUGUAUUUUAUGUUGCUUCGCUACUUCCAAUAUGGGGAGAGAAAAAAAGUGAGCUGCUGUUUAUACAUGUACAUGUAUGACUGAAUGCCACUCCACCGUGUUGCAGUGUGUAGUGGGCGGCAGCACUACUUCAAUAACCGUGAUUAGCACAUUCAGGCUUCAAGUCAGUACAAGGUUUUGCAUCAAACUGCUCAUGUUCGUCAGAAUUACUCGAUAUGCCCUGCUCAGUUGCCGCUUAGGACACCCUUGGGAAGUCCAGGGAAGGAAACCAAAGCUAGCUGUUAUACUAUACUGACUCCAAUAUAAUUAUAUACAUAGUUGUCAUGAUGACUUACGAUCAUAAUGAUAUAAUUAUAUACAUAGUUGUCAUGAUGACUUACGAUCAUAAUGAUAUAAUUAUAUACAUAGUUGUCAUGAUGACCUACGAUCAUAAUGAUAUAAUUAUAUACAUAGUUGUCAUGAUGACUUACGAUCAUAAUGAUUCCUUUCUGGCAAGCCCCUGGCCGAGAUGACCCGCUUUAUCACGGUCGCACAAUCCGAUUUUUGUACACACUUGGCUCAUACUGCUCACCGCAAAAACGGUAGGGUAGAUCCACCAGAACUGUCACGUUAUAUCACGGUUCCGCUUCUGGCUUCAAGCUGCUCAGCUUCUACUGCACUCUUCUUCAUACUAUAAGUUGUAUGUCCCUAAACUCCACGAAUUCUGGUCAUAAAAUGUUAAGAUCUUAGAGCUUCGAGAAGGCUCGCCAACAA